UUAGAUUCUACUGAGUAAAGAGAGAUCAAGAGACGAGCGACGGAUAUUAGGGGGAGAGAGAGAGAGAGAGAGAGAGAGAGAGAGAGAGGCUAUGGAUGGGAGUGAAAACGAGGGAGGAGACGAGCUCCAGGAGCAAAACCGAGUGAAAGGUUCGAAUUUAAAGGGGAAGUCCUGCAAGGGCUAUCUUUACUACCACUCUGCACUCAAAUCCAAAGCUCGCAACCCUCGCUGCAUCGGCAUCUCUCGCACCCUCCAAGAGUCUGGUGAUCAGUAUCUGGAUAUCGGUGGACAAACGGACAUAGAAGCUUCUAAAGACGGCAGAAGUCUCACUGAUUUCAGUUAUGCUUGUGUUGGUUACUCCGUCUAUUUGGAUAGAAUUGGACAAGGCCUGGCAACUGAUAAGCAAGAGGCAAAGACAGAAUUGCCAAUAUGUGUCGGCCUUGAGGUGGUUUUAGUGGAUAGAAGAGUUUCUGAAGAUGAGCCUGCUUCUGCUUCUGCUCAUAUUCAUAAUAGAGAAGAUGUCAGCCGUGAAUUACCUCAGCCUCGACGACACAAAGCACCAAUUUCCGUUGGGGAUGAUUUCCUUAGCAGGUUUACAAGGAAUGCAAAUUUGGUUGCUUCGGGGGUGGCUAGGAACAUUCGAAGAGUGGGAAACUCCAUAAAGGAGACUGUUGACGACAUUGUGUACCCCUACCGAAAGCCACCGAAGUAAGAUGGCUGAAUCAUGAAAUAUGAAUAGAGAACCAAAAAUAGCAAACUAUCUGGCAUUAGCUUUAUCAUGGAGUUGUCCUACUCACAUUCUUUCCUUCCAUCAUCCUUGCAUUCCGACUAGAAAAAGCUGACUUCUAGGAAGGGGUCUGAACUAUUCUUCUAGAAGUGCCCAGCCCCAAGCCGCUAUCAAUUUAUCUACUGUAUUUAUUCUGUUGCGCCUGGUUGGGCGUGAGUGUUUUCUCUAUGCUACAAUAAGUUAACUUGUUAUAAGUUGUGAGAUACUGAUAAUGUUACAAAUCAUUUUACUUCCUCAUGUGAAGUAAUGGAAUGGUAUCACUUUAGUGCUAAA